UGUGCAUACAUGCAUGCAGUAACGUCACUUGAGUGGGUUUAUGACAGCCUGUAUCAUGAUCUUCGUGCACCAGAUCAGAAUGACUUCGCAAGAUGUUCCUCUUACGAAAUUUCCAACAAAUUACCUAUAAAAAGGUAAUGAACUUUACUUCGAAAGUUGGUAGCUCCAAAUGUGCUUCAUCAGGGAGAUGACUAUGUAUUCUGGAUAUAUAAUCUGUAUUAGAAGCUUGAUAUUUGUUCGAUACGUAGAAGCCGGGAGGUGAGCUGAAAUCCAGCGAUGUAUAUGUAUAUCCGUGGCCGAGGCUCCGGCUGUGCCCUGGGUCUGCAACUGCCCUGCUCCCGUAGCUCUUCGGGCAUCAGUGAUGGGCAAGGUGGUUGUGAAAGAUGGAAGAUUUUUGGAAAGAUUUCUCUUCGAGAUGGAAGUGUACCUCAAGUGGAUAUGGAACGUACCACUGUUAGGAAUGGGAGGAAGGUGAAGGAUGUCGUAGAAGCUUCAAUCACGGGUCUAGAGUCUGCUGUCUGGUUCAAGGCCUUGUUGAUCGAUACAGUGUGCUUAAAUCUUGAGACAAAAUGCAUCCAAUGGACCAAUUGUAACAUCACAGAGUGUAAAGAGAGGAGACAGAGUCAUACACCUUAUCACCCAUGUAAACAUUCUCAUGAAUGGUAUUUGGAACAACAGAAGGACAACAUGACUGCCGGGAGAGACCUUGAGAAAGGUCUAGAGAUAGCCAGGAGUAUCCUCAACGGAAGCAACGAUAACGAGCAUCAGAAUGUGCUGCUUCUGCUUCAUGUCUACAUACUACCUAUCAUCAGACUUCAUGCCAGUGAUAGGAAACAUGUCAGUUCAGCCUUGGUGGACCAGAUUCAAGUUCUUUCAGACCUGGAUAUUGCUAUAGACAAGAUGACAAAUGAAAGACACGACAUCAAAAAGACUAUGAAGGACUGGAGACAAGAUAUCUGCAGUGAGCUGAAAGAUGAAAAGGCCAUAGCAAACUGCAAUGUACAAUUCUUGAAGCUUUUGACCCAACAUCUUCAUGACGAUCUCAGGAAUGCUUAUGUAGAGUUGGAUAGUUGUCAGGAGACAGUAGACCAAUGCAAGGGAAGUCUUACCAAGAAGAGAGGGAGUCAAUAUAUCAGUGAUCUUGUGGAAGCUCGUAAAUCUCGAGACAGGGUGGCAGACUACAUCAACAAGUCACUGUUUGUAAUGGAGGAAGUGAAUCUGAUCCUCAGUAUUAAAACUAUACCAGCGAGUAAUGAGUUAUCCGACCAGCAUCGAGCAUACAUCCGUAUCCAAGAUGAAUGCAAGAGACACAGCAAAGAGCUCCAUGAUCUACAGAGAAAAAAGCUUUUAGCAACAAGCGUGCGAGAAGCCCUGGUGUCAACCGAGAGUGAAUUGAAGCAGGGAAGAGAGACAACAGGAAUAGAUAUCUCAUCAGAUGGUCUUAUACGAUCUACAGAUGUUCUUGGACCAAGCAAGCUCCCAGAGGCUUGGCAGACACUCCCUAGUAAAGUAUCUGAGGCUUUGGAGAAGAACAAGACAUUGAAUGAUCUCCAUCAUGAUUUCAGUAAAGAAAUAGUGAAUCAGUGUCGUGAAGAGAUCAAAGGUCAACCAACCAUCAAGAGAUUCAGACAGAAACUUGAUGUCAGUAACUCAUGGAAGAAGCUAGCCAAGAAGCACAGUGGAGUUAGCAUCAAUCAUGAAAGUGAUAAGAUGAGGAGGAAUACACGACAUAGUCUCAUUGAGAAGAGACCAACGGCUCACUACCAAGCUGUUACUCAGAGACUCAAGACAGAUGUCAAUAUGCAUUUCCAAGAGGUAACAACAAGGUUAGCAAGUCAUCUGAAUCUACCAUUUUACUACAGCCGAGCUGAUCUUUGGACAUGCUAUGAGAGGGCCUUCUUUCCUGGCAAGAUCUCAGAGUUCCUGAAGAUCUAUGUGUAUGCCUAUCAGGCUGAGAUAGCAGAUCUUCAGAAGAUCCUGCCUACCUCCAACCUUCAAGACAUGCAACUAGACGAUGAAUGGAUUCUCAACAUCCUCGGACUCUAUGCUCCUAUUUUCAACAUCCAUGAUGACAUUGAGAUCGGUGAGGAUGUCACAGAACAGGUCAUAGAACCUGAGAAGCAGUCUGAGAAGCAGGAUCAUGAUGACAGACUAACAGACAUUGCAUCAGUGUCAGGGUUGGGUGACUUUGUCAAACACAGACUUCAUAUAGACGAAGACAUUCGAGGGAGGUUAGAAUCGGGGGUGGAUGUUGAUCUCCCCGAGGAGAGAUUACGACGCCAUGCAAGCCCUCAUAGGCAAGGUGAAUCGAGGCAAUCAUGGCGUAACACACAGAUCAUAGACUGUAAGUGGGUGACGGUGCCGAUCAACAUUGAAAGUGCGCAGUCGGAACCCUGUAUCGUCCAGAAGCAGUUGAGGCAAAAGAGUGUGAAGCUCAGAGACCAUGAGAUAGCAGCAAGACAUGCCUCGCUACCUGAAAUCAAGCAAUUGAAACAUAUAGCCGUUGAACAGUACUCCCCGCAUAGCCUAUUCCUAAAUAAGGUAUUGGACAAACCACAUCCUCUGCUCAAGAAAGAGUCUAGCCACUUAGACGAUCACAUUGGUGAUGAUUCGGGUGUAUUCAAUGAUCACCAUGACGAUGACAGACACAGUCAGAAAGGUGAUCAUAAUUCCAAUCUCAAUAGAACAGAUAGCUCAAGGACUGCUAUGAGCGUGGAAUCCAAUGUAUCACAACCUCUCAGUGCAUCUGAUCUAUGUAGCUCCAACCCAUCAAUGGACGCAUCCACCUUCCCGCAGGUAGUAAUAUCCUCAGACGCUGCGUCAGACGUUGAGAAGAUGUCAAUCACAUCUAGCAGCCAUGAUCCUGUCAAUGACAUGGAUGUGAACAUCAUGAUCCAAGGAGUGGAUGGAGAGAUCAAACUAGACAGAGAGCUCUCAAGACGAUGCAGGGAGAAGCCAGCUAUCUCAGAGUUCUUGAAACGCUUCAGCCAGGCCUAUCACUACUUCAGAGUGGUCUUAGAGGAGAGUGUUCCAUGCUCCAAGCUUCAAUGGUUGCUUCGAUGUCUCAAGGAAGUCAACUCUGUGGCUGAGAAACAAGCAUCUCUUAUAUCAUGUGGUAAGCAGCGCAUGUUGAGUGGUGAUGACCUGCUUACAUCUCUGAUUCUCUUCCUGAUACAUGGUGACCCUGGAGAGGUCACGGCUUUCUACCCACAACUCCGAUUCUUAGAGGAUUUCCUUCCUGACUUCCUGGACAAAGGAGAGAUUGGAUUUGCCGUCAUACAGUUUGAAUCUGCAUACUCCUACAUUCUGAGAGUGGAGAGGAAAAAGAGAGAGAGUGCUCAGUAAACAUAACUCUCUAAUGAGUAGUGCCGUUUCCAAGCCUCGCUCAAUGAAAAGUUAUUCAACAUUGUAUCACAGCAGUUUAUCAUCAUACUCGGCAAAGCGCAGUGUAAAGGAAGAAGAGGAAAGCAGAGGAUUCGUUGGAUGUAAGGUUUGACCAAAGAAACAGACAAGUCCUUAAAGGCCCCCUGCACUACUUGUAGCUACUUGCGCCCUCUAUAUAACAAACAAUGCCUAAUCAGUGACCAUUGGUCCCCCAUUAUCCUCUCAGAUAAGCUUUAAGAGAGCUGUGCAAAGUUGCCUUUAAUAGGCAGAAUAGCCCGGAGAAAAUUUGUUGAUGGGGUUUCUCAUGAGUCAGGGACUUCCCUCUGUCAGUGGAUUCAAUUACAUAACUGCAUACUUUCAGUGCACACAGUAAAAUGAGAACCUUAUGUAACUUAUGAAACUUUGCAAUUUGCAAUUACAAGAACUAUUAUGAAUUGCAAAUAUUGUGUUUCAGUAAUUUUCAGCAUGAAGCGCUUGAAAUUUAGACUAUUUAUAAACUUGACAUGUGGCUCCAUUCAUGAGUAAGUUUCUGUUUGUACAGUAGUCGCUAUUUUACAGGUAUAACAAAUUUAACUAGUCAUUUUAUCUUACUGGAUAAUCAUUUAUUUGGCGUGGUAUAGUGACAAAAUAUAUACAUGAUGGAUUGGUUAUGAGGAAAUCAUUUUAUGGCAAACUUUUCAACUAAAGGACUUCUACCAUAUUGAUCAUUUACAUUGAACAAUGGGCCCUGUUCACUUUCACUUUCAAUUUACUCUUUUUAUCAAUAGGCAAUUGAGGCAAAUAUUAUGAAGUCCCUCAACCACUGACCAUAAAAACAAGAUCGUAAAUCAUUGUAUUAUUACAGAAACGGUAGUGAAAUAUCAUUGUUAUAUUUUCUUUUUCAUUAUCUAUCAACUUCUGUAUGGUAAAAUUAGUGAGUUUACCAAGUUGUGUAUUGCUUUAUAAUGUUGAAUGCUGUUUGAACCUCCAUAAGUUUUAUACAGUGACCAACUGGUUCAUGUAGGCAGCGGGUAAAUUUUCGUUUUGAUUUUGAUUUUUGAUCAUUUGCAAUUAUAUGAACCAAAGAAUGCUCCUUCUAGGAUAUCAUCCCAGUGCCUUUAGAUGAAAUUGGUAGAACACAGUAUCACUUUUAAGUGCCACCUGAAGAAGGUUAUUGCAGUUGCAUUAUGAACUCCCAUUAUUGAUACAUUUGCUGCUUCUCAUAGCAAAAAAGGGAAAUAUUUGACAUAACUUGCUGCUACAUGUGCAUGAAUAUCUUGUGCAAUGUAGUUAGUAAUAUCAUAGUACAGUAUUUUGUAUGAAUAUAUUUUUGCAGUAUAUUUUAAUAUUUUAUUGAUAAAAAGUACAUGUGUGCCUACCUGAAGUUCUAUAUUUGGGCUGUUUAGUGACCAUACUCAAGAAUAGGCACUAUGUUUGUACAUUUGGAAUAUUUCAUGGAAAAUUGGAAGUUGUAAAUUAUUUGUAUGGCAGGACUAAACUGAGAUGAUUACUAGUGGUCUAUCUAUAUUCAUGAAAGUGGUAUAACCAGGUUACAACCUGGGGUCCCAUUGCAUAAAACUUACCAUUGAUGGUAACAUUGCUAUCAUUAAUAAAUACCAUGGCGAUAUCACGCAACAGCCAAUCAAAUGAAGGCUUCCAUGGCAGUUACUAUAGAUGCCAAAGGUAUCAUCAAUGGUAUGUUUUGUGCAACAUGGUCCAGAUUGAGAUAAAAACUAAGUCAAUACUUUUGCCAGUCAUGAAUACAAAUUAUGAAUUAAACUUCGAACAAUAUCACAAACGAAAUGCCCAAAAUUAGUUUAUUCUAAGACUUUUGCUGUAUGCCUUUGGAAAUUAUGGUUCAGUGAGUUUUAUGGGCAUGGUGGUUAGUUCAUAUUCACUUGUGUGUGAUGCUAUGUAAAUUUCUUGUAAACUCUGA